AUACUUUCUGUCAUACCAUGGAUAGGAUUCAGGAUUUCAGUCAAUUUUUGCACAGACGAGUUUGUUUGAAUAUUCAUGAAUUUAUUGUCACUCUCAAAACUUUAUUACACUUAGUGUUUAACACUAGAGAUUAUUAUAGUUCACAGUGAUAUAUUAUUUCAAUCACUUCUAUUUGUAAUCGAAUAUUCUUAACUUCUUAACGAUAUUAAAAUUCUAAUCUUUCAUAAUGAAUCGAGAAAACUCUAAAUUUCUAAUUCUACUCCGGUGAAGGUUUUUUAUCGACUAACUGAACAUUAUUAAAAUAUAAAAGUAGUUCCUCGCAAAAAUAUUACUACGCUUGAGAAAAAUAAGUAGGGGAGUUGCACUCAGUCUUGAAGCAGAAAUGUACGAAUAUUUAUGUCAGCGUAAUUUUGAUAUGUCAAUGGUAUAGAGUAGCUACAUCUUAACAAUUCAUAAUUUCAAGUAAAUUUGAUAAUUUAUUAUCUAUAUUGUAAUAUACCUGAAUUUUUUAAUGCAAAAUAGUAUCGCAUAUACUUUCAACAGAAGUACAACUUGAUAAAAACAAUCGAACAUUAUUAACAGCAAUUGAAUAUUGUUGGAGUAGUUGAAUAUUACAGAACAUUCAAUCAUGUGAACCUUUCAGGUCGUAUUGGACCACAUUGUUUUUUGGAAUUGUAACUAAAAAUGUAUACAAGUGGUAUAUUCCACUUGUUAUUUUUUCAUGAUGAAGUUAAAUAGACUAUCAAAAGUUCUAAAAGUUAGAGAUGCAUAUUUUUAAUUAUAAUGAAUUAUACGUAACUCAACAGUUUCAAUUUAUAAUAAAAUGAAACGAGAAUAACAAAAAUCAUUCCGUAAACUUUGCAAUAUUGCUUUUUAAUAGUUUGCUACAGUGUCAUUUAUUCCGUCACCAGUGUGUUGAAAUACGGAAUAUACAACAUCGAAAUAUCAGUUGAUGAGGUCAACAACUGUGCUAAAAAACUAAGUCAAGUAUGCAUUAGUUAAAAAAAAUUGUAAACUGUCACAAAUAAAAGUUAAAUCAUUUAUUUUUCUAGUAGAAUAAAUCAAUAAUUGGGUCAUACGAAAUUAAUUCCAGGAAUUUUAAGCAUUGGUUAUUCGAAUAGAAGCAUAAAAAAGAUGUGGAUAAGUCUCAACAAACUUACAUUAUGUAUUUUCGUCUACGUAUUGUGUGCGACAAAUCUUGUUCAGACAGAAGAAAGAUCAUUGUCUAGAAGAAAACGUUAUGUCGUUUUUCCUGAAGGCUCGAGCUUUUCUAUCGCAUUGUGUAUGACAGUCCACACACUUACUCCAGAUAAUAUUUUUACUGAAGGAGUAAAUUGGGGAAUUUCUUAUGAUCUUCCGAAUGAGAGUAAACCAGCACUUGAGCCGCUUCUUCAACUCCGAAAAGACCACAUAACCUCUAAGAAAGAUUGGUACAACAAGAAGAACACAGGCCAAUGGGCUAAGAAUGAAAAUUCAUUCAAGUAUUGGAAUAAGAAAGGAUACUACAAUACACUUGACAAUCGAAAGAAGUACUAUUAUCGGAAAUCGGAUCUUGACUACUUUAAACGUCGACAUCGUCGAGAACUUUAUAACAAGCUCGAGGUUAUCAUGAACGCGAUGGGAUUCGAUGGUCGAAGCUGCAUUCUUCGAGCGCUCUGCGAAGCGUCUCAGCGAUUGAUGCCAAAGGGGAAUACCCUAGUAGAAGAAAUGAUGAGGAUAGCUUUCUCAUUGCCUCUCAAACGAAUAUUAUUGCCUCAUGAACCAGAAGAACAUGAAAUAUACACCAAUGCCCAUCGUGCUGGUUAUGAUAGCGUCAGGUGUGAUGCAAUGUUUUCCGGAUGUUCGUUUUCGUUGAUAGACAUGGCACUGGGAAAGUAUAAUAUGAAGUCUGGACGUGAUGAAGACCAGAGUAGUAACCCUGAUGAUUUAAAUAAUUCUGCUGAUAUGUCAAUAAUGCAUUUUAACAUGAAAUAACAUUGGGACAAUUGUAAA